AUGGAUGCAGGUUCUCAAGCUACUCUGUAUGGAAUUCGCGAAAAUUACUGGCCAAUUGAUGGUCGAAAUGUCACACGUCAAAUAAAUCGACAAUGUAUCACAUGUUUUCGAGCAAAGCCAUGCGGAGUCAAUUAUAUUAUGGGAAAUCUCCCUGAGAAUCGAUUGUUCUCAACUAGACCAUUUCUUAAUGUCGGGGUUGAUUAUUGUGGACCAUUUCACAUUAAAGAAAAGCGCCAUCGAAACCGCAAGAAGGUUAAAGCUUACGUCUCAAUUUACAUAUGUUUUGCAAGUAAAGCCGUGCAUCUUGAGUUAGUUAGCGAUUUAUCAACUGAAGCAUUCAUCGGAAGUUUAAAAAGAUUUUUUGCUCGUCGAGGAAAAUCAAAAACAAUUUCAUCAGAUAACGCGACAAAUUUUGUUGGCGCAAGCAACGAAUUAAAAGAACUCUAUAAUUUUAUUCAAUCAGCACAAAAGGAUUCUGCACUGCAAAAUUUUUUAUUACACGAAAGGGUUACAUGGCAUUUUAUCCCACCACGAUCUCCGCAUUUCGGUGGCCUUUGGGAAGCGUCCGUCAAGUCUUUCAAACACCAUUUAUUACGCACAGUAGGUGACAAAUUACUGACAUACGAACAAUUAGAAACCUACGUAAUAGAAAUCGAAGCGAUUCUUAACUCUCGUCCUCUUUCACCACUCUCUUCCGAUCUUAAUGAUCUCCUUCCACUGACUCCUGGCCAUCUCCUGAUUGGUAGCCCUUUAACCAGCUUUCCACAGACAGACCUGCGUAACGUAGCUGCCGGGCGAUUAUCAUCUUGGCAGUUUGCUCAACAGAUGAGGCAUCAUUUUUGGUCUAGGUGGCAAAAGGAGUAUUUAAACCAGAUGAUCAGCCGCAGUAAGUGGCAAUCAGCCACUCAUCAAGACGACAUCAAGAUCGGAACUCUUGUCGUUCUACAUGAGGACAAUCUUCCACCCAUGCGUUGGCAGUUAGGUCGCAUCGUAGAAUUAUACGAGG